AUGACAAAACCAAAUAGGCCUGCUAUCGGCAGCAGUAACCACUACAACUCACAUUCUUGCUUUGCAGUUGCAGUAGCCUUGCAUCUUUCGCCUUGCUUACUUAUCGCUUGGUGCGUCUUUGAGUGCCAGCAUGAAUAUUUAGUGAGUUUAGUUGAUUACUUAGUUGUUGAUGUGGGAGCAGAGGUCAGAUCAUCAAAUUCGUUACGUCUUGAACCAGCACCUCUUAACAGCAGUCGCUACUUGGUUCGAAAAGGCCAAAAAUUUCGAAUUUCUUGCAUCUGCCAAGAGAAGUCCAUAAAUUGUCAGUAUCUGACGUGGAGGAAUGAGUUUGGUCGCAAAAUAGAUGGUGAAUCUUCCAACAGCUUAUUUACUGUGGAACUGAAAGAACAUGGCUCAGGUUACAAAAAAUUAUCGCUAGUAUUCACUCAAAUUGCAGAACGCGACACUGGAUUUUAUAAAUGUGUUGCUGAGAAUUCGCAAAUGAUUACGGGCGAAUGGGAAAUAGAACUCAUUGUUCUUGACAAAGUUCGAUGGAAGGAAAGCAAUGAUGUUGUUGGAGGCAUGCUCGGAGAAUCGUUGACCAUCGAUUGUGGUGCGACAGGAAAUCCACCACCUGAAACACAUAUUACAAAUCACGAUGGAUUACCUCUUAGUGAAACUUUAUUCAUAUUUGCUGGAACCGAAGUCACCAUUAAAAAACUUACUAAAGAGUACCAGGAUAUUGCCAUCAAAUGUUUAGCGGUUCAGGAAUUUGCGCAAUAUGAUGUAACUGUUGUAGAACAGCAUGAGAUUCGACUUGAUAUCUGGUCAUCACCAGAAUUCAACACAUCAUUAGUGGAACGUUUCGUUAUUCUGGAUCAAUUAUCAGCAGCAAUUUGUUGUAAUGUUACACGUUCUAAUCCACCUGCAAAGUAUUUUCGGUAUUUAAAAAAUGGUGAAGAAUUGCGGAACAGUUCGAAACAUGUGAUUUCGAUUUCUACAUCGAAUCAAAGUGCCUGUCUCACAAUAUUAUCUACAACCGAAUAUGAUUUGGGUGAGUAUCGGUGCGAAGUAAGCAAUGGAAAAUCAAAAGCGCGACAAACCAUUGUUGUUAGGGAAGCAACACCACCUAGUGAAGUCCGCGUUUCGCUACAAAAUGUUGGAAUGACUUACGCAGUUUGGAAAAUUGAGAAAGCACUGGAUGAACAGUUGCCAAUACAACGUUAUAUUAUUGAAUAUAUCAAAAAAUCUAUUCUUGAUCAAGGUCAUGAUCGAAAUAAUGAAGAUAACCGUAUAUGGUUCACUCAUGCCAUUAAAAUGGAUGUACAUCUGAAUGAGGAUGGAUUAUAUGAAAUUGGUGGACUACAUCAAGGAACAACAUACAUAUUCAGAUUUACGGCUGAAAAUGAAGCCGGAACCGGAGAAACUGUUACUGUAACGAUGAAGACAACAUCAAAAAUCAGACCCUCUAAACUUUCAUCAUCUGGUUCAUCAAUUUUUCAAAUUUUUACGACUAUUAUUUUAUGUUUUCACGCUUUCAGAUUUAUGCUAAUUCCCUGA